CGGACCUUUUCUUCCCGGGUGUUGUUUCCGGAGGAUCACAUGCUGACGAACGUGUUGGAGCCCAAGUUCCCAGGUCUUUGAAAUCUGGCACUAGCAGCCAUGGCCGGGCAGUGCCUUCUGGUACCCCGGCUUCAGGGUGUUUCGCGGGAGCAGUUCUUGGAGCAUCUCUACCCACAGAGAAAGCCUGUUGUGUUGGAAGGACUUGACCUGGGGGCAUGUACAAACAAAUGGACAGUGGAUUACCUGAGCCAAGUUGGAGGGACGAAAGAAGUAAAGAUUCAUGUUGCUGCAGUUGCACAGAUGGACUUCAUUAGUAAGAACUUUGUGUAUAGAACUUUACCUUUUGACAAGUUGGUCCAGAGGGCAGCUGAAGAAAAGCAUAAAGAAUUUUUUAUUUCAGAGGAUGAGAAAUACUACUUGAGAUCACUUGGAGAAGACCCAAGAAAGGAUGUUGCAGAUAUCAGAAAACAGUUUCCAUUAUUAGAAGAAGAUAUUAAAUUUCCAAAAUUCUUUAAAGAGGAGCAGUUCUUUUCCAGUGUUUUUCGAAUUAGUUCACCUGGAUUACGACUUUGGACUCACUAUGAUGUAAUGGAUAACUUCUUAAUACAAGUGACAGGGAAAAAGCGUGUUACACUGUUCAGCCCUCGAGAUGCCCAAUAUUUGUAUUUAUCAGGUUCUAAAUCAGAAGUGCUGAAUAUAGACAGCCCAGACUUGGAUAAAUAUCCACUCUUUUCCAAAGCAAGAAGGUAUGAAUGUUUCCUUGAAGCUGGUGAUGUAUUAUUCAUUCCUGCGUUGUGGUUCCAUAAUGUAAUUUCUGAAGAGUUUGGAGUGGGAGUGAAUGUCUUUUGGAAGCACCUUCCAUCUGAAUGCUACGAUAAAACAGAUACCUAUGGCAACAAAGACCCUGUGGCAGCGUCAAGAGCUGCUCAAAUCCUGGACAGAGCUUUGAAAACCCUGGCUGAAUUACCAGAGGAAUACAGGGACUUCUAUGCACGGCAAAUGGUUUUACGUAUUCAAGACAAAGCCUACAGCCAGAACUUCGAAUAAAAAAUGAACUGAAUGCAAUGAAAAUUAAAAAAUAGAAUUCAGCUCAAGGAUUGGAAAAGUACAAGAUGUAAAUUUUUAAAGAUUGUUUUUAAAAUAGGAAAGACAUGUCCAUCUCAGAUUUACAAUAUGAAGAAAGGGAGGUGCCUCUGGUUUUUACUUGGUAUAGAUUAAGAAUGCUGUAGUGGGGCCACUCUGGCAUCAAUAUUCAAAUAACUAAAAUUCCAGUGUAGUAAGAUAUAUUGCUAUCUUAUCAAUGUAGUAAGAUACAUUGCUAUAUCACACUACAUAAAGUCUAUUGGUGGAAGGCGCUUUGUUCUUUCCUGUCAUUCAGUAAUGCCACCAAAAACUUGGUAGUUUUCCCCCCUUCUCUCCAAUCACAGUAUUGGCAUCAUCUGAGGGCUAGCUACCCUUGUGGUCAGGGGAUGAAUGCCAGUAGCAGCUGGAGCCUUGUGCCUCUUCAUUUGUAUGCAGUGAAGGAGUCUGGCUGGGUUCUGCAAGCCCUCUUACUAUGAGGAAACAUUCCCAGAAUUCCCUACUUAGCCCUUAGCGCUUACUGCUAUCAAGGGGCUUCAUGCUGUCCGUCCCAGAGCCAGUCGUUGUCAGAGGGUAGAAAACAGGUUGGGAGUGGGAUACCAUGGGAACAGAAUGAUUCUUUAAACCAGAGUUCUGUUGGGAAAGGAUAAGCGGGAGGCAGCUAACACCAUUCACUGCUACAUUUGUCAUAACCAGAAUCUUGGAGGCACUUUGUAAAACAGGUGAGUAGCUCCAACUCUGUAGGCUUUCAGUAUGUUUUGGGUUUGGUAUAAAUAUUUAAUAAUGUCUUACAUUGUGCUUUGAAUAAUCAGGACUAGGAAUAACAAGAUUUGAUGAUACACGAGUUCUGACUUGUCCAAAGUAAAUGUUUCAUCUGAUCCUGGCCUUUCCUGUCACCCAAAUGUCAAGUCUGCCUCAUCUUAGUUUAUACUUAUAUAUCCCCAAUUAAAUACUUCUUUACUACCAGUUUUUCAAAUAUAUGUUUUUAAAGAAUGAAAAUUCUGUUGUAAUCUUUGAAAAUGAGCCAUUGUAUGUGUAUGUGUGCUGGUCUUUCAAAAGAAUUUUU